AUGCAAGUGAGCGAUAAGGACGUUGCUUUUAUGGUUACUGACGACGGAAAAAUGUGUAUUCAUGAUGCUCCUGACGUGGCAAAAGAGACGCUGAAAAAAUGGGAUCCAGCCAAUGAAGUACAUAUUUUCCCGAGGGAUUUGAAUAAGAGGAAAAAUAGGAGUGGAAGGAACCGAAAAAUGGGAGCGAAGAAAGGCAAUAACUUCAAAGACAAAGACAUAGCACUUGGUACGGUUGUGAAAAAGUUGUUGGACAAAAAAGAGGCGUACGAAUCGAAUCUGGCUGCUAAAAGAAACACAGUGCACAAAAAUUCGGCUCCACAGAAAAAAGAAUCGGCUGAACCAAAAACCAUGCCAACCGUUGACGAAGAUCUUGAACGAGAAAAAGAAUUCGUAAAGGAAAUUUUUAUGCCACUUGUGCGAAAUGUGUUGGGCCAAAACGAAGAGCGUGAAUCGGCUGAAAGAAGGAAAGAAGAAAUUAUCAAACUUGAAGCGAAACUAAUGAAGUGUCAACCGAAUCGAAACAACAAACACUGGAUUACACUUUUUUUCGUUCUUCUGAUUCUUGCUCCAAUCUACAUUCCCGUCAUCUGCUUUUAUGGUGCUCCAAUUUUUGAGGUCAUCAAUGGUCAUUUCAAAGAAAUUUUUGUUUGA